AUGGCUACACGGUCAUCCCAACAUCAACACGCUUCAUCAGAAGGCAUGCAGUUACUGCUUUCUUACUUACUGUUGGUUGUUGGUGUGGACGCCUGUAUGAAGAUGAUUCCCGAUGAGAUGCCACCCGAUCAUGUUUGUGAUACUUGCUCGUCGGCCACGCAACUGACAUGUCCUUCUGGAUUCAUCGACUGUGACUUUACCCUUCUCAAGAGAUCAACUAAUGGAGCGCUUUGUUCAGUGCAUCUAUGCUCUGACGGCGACCUACUAGCAGAUGACGGAUCUGGACCCAUAGUGGUACAAGGAGGAAAACUUGUUUGUAAUCGUAACGGCGCUUGGAAAUCGCCCUCGGGCCGAACGUUUGGCUCCCUGCGGAUGAAGGCUACCUGCGGAUUCCGAUGUGACGAAUGUGCGAAUGCUCUGACUAACAAUGGCAUGACAUGCCCGAUGGCACGAGUGUGCAGACCGGUUACAGAACAGUGCAAAAAGGCAGUUUGUGUCGACGGAGUAAUGAAAGCGAAUCCAGGAAACGUAGCAGUACAAUCACUGUCUUGCAAUGCCAUGGCUCAAUGGACGGAUUCGCUCGGAGAGACCUUCACUGCUGCACAGUGCGAAGCCGGUUGCACAUGCCCUGCACUACCGAUUUCCGUGGCACCAUUUCCACCGGCUCAUGGAAACUCGUUGGGAACUGACGCUAACGGCUGCUCAAUAUUGGAAACCAAGUGCUUCCCAAAUGAGCGGUACAGGCUGGUCACAUCGAAGGGAAUCAUCACUCUGGAGAGCCCAGCUGGCAGAACCCAGCAGAUGACUUGCGUUGAUGGAACUUGGAGGACAACUAUUAAUGGCGAAGAAGUUGUUGUACACGAGCAGGCUUGCUAUGCCGACUACGGUUGUCUGUUCUGCCCUGCCAUAAUUGAAGGUCCACGAGUAGUUGCGAAGAUUAGAUACCAUCCAACAACCUGGUGUAAACAUUACGUACUUAGCGGUUGUGGAAGAGGAUACAGAGUUGGUACGAACUUGAUCUCAAACGUUUUGACAUGCGAUAUGCAACUGAGAUGGACAAGUGGUGGUUAUAUCGGACCUGUAGCAGAGCCCAUAACUGUAGACUGCCGUCUCCAGUAG